GACCGGCGCCGGUACCGCCUCGUGCGCCUCGCCAACGGCGUCGAGGCGCUGCUGGUGUCCGACGGCGACGCGGACGAGGCCGGCGCGGCGCUGUCCGUCAAGGCCGGCAGCUUCGACGACACGCGGCUCGGGCUCGCGCACUUCCACGAGCACAUGCUCUUCCUCGGCACGCGCAAGUACCCCGACGAGGACGAGUACGAGGCCUACCUCAACGCCCACGGCGGCGGCUCGAACGCGUGGACCGCCGACGAGGAGACGUGCUACUAUUUGAACGUGAACGCGGGCGCGCUCGACGGCGCGCUGGACCGCCUGGCCCAGUUCUUCGUGGAUCCGCUGCUGAGUCUGGACUGCGUCGAGCGGGAGGUCAAGGCCGUCGAUUCGGAGUACGCCAUGGCGCUCCAGGACGACGGCUGGCGCAUGCUUUCGGUCCUCAAGGCGACGGCGAACGGCGCGCACCCGUUCUCGCGCUUCUCCACGGGGUCGCUGGACACGCUGAACGGCGAGCGGGGCCUCCACGACGAGCUGAAGCGCUGGAACGCGGAGCACUACGUGGGGGACAAGAUGCGUUUGGCCGUCGUCGGCAGGGAGUCGCUCGACGAGCUCGAAAAGCUCGUC